AAAUGUUUGCGGGAAGAGAUCCACAAAGACGUGCUGGUUACAGGCGAAUACGAAGUUAGCGAACAACCAAAUGCGAAAACCAAUCUCAAGGUAACACGUAUAGCUAGCUAGCUAACGUUAGCUAUACUGUAUGAAAUCCUUGCAAUCAAAUCAGUGUUAGCGUAACUUUUUGACAUGGAAGCCUCGGAUAUGUAACUUACAUCACCUAGCUAGUAUCAAACAACGUCAAUAGUUAGAUUUUCAAUGGGCAGGUCUGGGUUAGGGAGCUACUAGUAGCUAGCUAACCGGUAUAGUACAGCCACUGGCUAAGGUAGUUAGCUAGCUAGCAAAAUAAAAUGCUGUCAGCUUGGUUCAACUGAAUACUGCAAAGGACUUGAAUAGCCAUCAAUAUCUAUGCAAGUAUUAAACAUGAUGUAGCUAAGGUUAAAACAUGUCAACAAAGUAGCUAGUUGACUUUGAUUCGUGCGUGUGUCUUAUCUGGGUCAAACAUGUGUAAUGUACCUACCAUAUGUUUAAUUAUUUUCCAUUUCAGAUCACAGAUUCAUCAGGUCACACCUUGUACUCCAAGGAGGAUGCUUCAAAGGGGAAGUUUGCCUUUACAACAGAGGACUAUGAUAUGUUUGAGGUUUGCUUUGAAAGCAAAUCCCCCCUUGGUGAGUGUGUUUAACCAGAUGUGGUCUAAUGUAGCAAUGGGCCUGGGUUGUUUAAGUUUAAAGCCUUGGAGUAUAUAUGAUUAAGCAAAAUUUGCAGGCUGGGCCGCAUUUGGAAGUGGGGAAUAGUAAUUUCCCAGCCUGGUCUCAUAGACUAGACAUAGCAUAGUAAAUGUAAAUCCGGGACACUGAAAUGAGUAUGAUUAUGUUGCGUUUGGUAUGGUUACAUAAGACAGAAGGCAAUUUAAAGCAAGAACGAAAGGAGGGAGGAAGGGACGGUGGAUGAGUGGGUAUAACGCAAACUACUUUUUGUAACUACUUUUUAGCUACUUUGCAACUACUUAGCAUGUUAGCUAACCCUUCCCCUAACCCUUUAACCUAACUCCUAACCUUAACCCAGCUAACGUUAGCCAGCUAGCUAACAUUAGCAUUAGCCACCUAGUUAACGUUUGCCUUAGUAACCUAGCUAACGUUAGCAACAACAAAAUUGGAAUUCAUAACAUAUACGUUUAGCAAAUUCGUAACAUAUUGUACAAAUUGCAAAUCGUAACAUAUCAUACUAAAUUGAAUGGCGGGAUUUACGUACAGAAUAAUACGAAAUGCUCUAAGACCAGGUUGCAUUUCCUGGAAUAUUUGGCCCUGUACAAUAAGUAUUUUCAUUCUGGGGUCUAGGUACUGGGAGGGUCCCAGACCAGCUAGUCAAUUUAGACAUGAAGCAUGGUGUGGAGGCAAAGAAUUACAAAGAGGUAAGUGCCAACUGCCUAUCAGCCUUUCUCCAGGUCCAUCUGGAUCAGAAUUGUUGUGGAUUGCCAUGAGUUAGCAUGAGGUCUCAACAUUAGAAAAUACAAAAACAAUGUGAAAAAGAUGGCUAAGCUUUCUCAAUUUCUCUUGUUUGUAUUGGAAAUGAAGAAAGACUAACUUUCUCUUUAACUGUCAACUUCUGAAAGCAUUGUAGCUGCUGUGCAUUGUGAAGACUGACACAUGCUGCAGAAAAUCCUAGCAUGCUCACACAGAUUUUUAUCCACUCCACAAUACAAGUGUCAUACACUAAUUAUAUAUCCUACCCUAUUAAUGUGACUAAGUACAUCCAGUGGUUAAUUAAGCAAUAAGGCACGAGGAGUUGUGGUACAUGGCAAAUAUACCACGGCUAAGGGCUAUUCUUAGGCAUGACGCUAUUAUAAACUGGUUACCAACAUAAUUAGAGCAGUAAGAAUUAAUGUUUUGUCAUACCGAUGGUACACAAUCUGAUAUACCACAGCUGUCAAUCAGCAUUCAGGGCUCGAACCACCCAGUUUAUAAUCAGGGGUUUAUUCUGUAUGGUGCUCUUUUCAGAUUGCAAAAGUUGAGAAGCUGAAGCCCCUAGAAGUUGAACUAAGACGCCUCGAGGACUUGUCGGAGUCCAUUGUGAAUGACUUUGCCUACAUGAAGAAGCGUGAAGAGGAAAUGAGGGACACAAAUGGUAAGUGAUGUAUGAAAAGAAAAGUCCAAAGUAACAUUCUUUGUGACUUGUGGUCCAAGUUUUCACUCUACCAGAAAAUGUUCAGUAUCUUUCAUAUGAUUCACAAUCGUUCUUUGGCUGGUCUUGUGAAAGGAGUAAAACCUUGGUUUAAAUUAACUCGCACCUGUUACUCAGUUAAAUAGAUUUUCCCUCACAUUGCAGAAUCCACCAACACACGUGUCCUGUACUUCAGUAUCUUCUCUAUGUGCUGUCUAAUUGGGCUGGCAACAUGGCAGGUCUUCUACCUGCGGCGUUUCUUCAAGGCGAAGAAGCUGAUUGAG